AUGCAGAAAACGAGCCCGACUCGGGCGGACCAGCUCAAAGCUUCCAACUUGUUCACAUUCCCGGAAAAAAUCCGCGACUAUUUGGUCUUCUCCCUGCGUGUGGGCCUCCUCCUCUGCUUCCUCGCGUCGAUAUCACUCGCCAUCUUCUCCGCCUUCUCUCCCAAGUCCCAUUGGCUCUCCAUCCCCUCCAGCACCCAAGCCCAACCCGAGUCCAGAACUUCCGGACCCGAACUCGGAUAUGAACGAACUAAUAUCUCCCACAUUCUCUUCGGCAUCGGAGCCUCCAUCGCCACGUGGAGAGAGCGGAGCCGCUCCACCAAUUUAUGGUGGGACCCGAAGUCGACACGCGGCUUCGUCUGGCUCGACGCGAAACCCGAUAACCAAACCAGCAACGUCUCGGGUUCAAUUCCGUACCGGGUCUCGGAGGACUGGACCCGGUUCAAAUACUCGAGUUCGCAAUCCGCGGUUCGUAUCGCCCGGAUUGUGUACGAGAGCUUUAAGCUCCGGGUUCCCAACGUGAGGUGGUUCGUGAUGGGAGACGACGAUACGGUGUUUUUCACUCACAACUUGGUUUCGGUGUUAGCGAGGUACGAUCACAAUCAGAUGUACUACAUUGGAGGGAACUCGGAGAGCGUCGAGCAGGACGUGAUGCACGCGUACGAGAUGGCGUUUGGUGGCGGUGGGUUCGCCAUCAGCUACCAGCUCGCGGCGCGCUUGGUGGAGCGGAUGGACGGCUGCCUGGAGAGGUACUACAAUUUCUACGGCUCUGAUCAGAGGGUGUGGGGCUGCGUGAGCGAGAUGGGUGUGCCGCUCACUAAACUGCGUGGGUUCCACCAGUUUGAUAUCAGAGGGGACGCCUAUGGGAUUUUAGCUGCGCACCCAUUGGCACCACUUGUGUCACUCCACCACCUGGAUACCUUGAAACCCCUCUUCCCAAACCAGACCCAUUUGGACUCAGUCAAAUCUCUUCUCCGUGCAUAUCGGGUCGACCCGGGCCGGAUUCUACAACAAAGUUUCUGCUACGACCACAGGCGUAAAUGGUCAAUGUCCAUUUCUUGGGGCUACACCAUUCAGCUUUACCCAUCAAUGGUGGCAGCCCUGGACCUUCAGAUUCCGUUGCGGACGUUUAAGACAUGGCGGAGUUGGAAUGAUGGACCCUUCACAUUCAAUACCCGACCCAUGAGUUCUGUCCCGUGUGAGCAGCCACUCAUUUUUUUCUUGGACCAUGUUAAGGUUAGUAAGAGCGGGCUUACUGUGACUACUUAUAAGAGGUUCGUGGCCAAUGGAGGACAGCAAUGUGAUAAAGAAGAGUAUAUCCAUGCAAGGGCAAUGCAGAAGAUUAUAGUCUCCUCAAACAAGAUGGACCCUCAGUAUUGGACAAAGGAGGAGGCUCCGCGAAGAGAGUGCUCCGAGAUUAAGAAUCGUGACGGCUUCUGGCAUGUGAAUAUGGAGAUUAGGAUUAGGGCAUGCAGACCCUCUGAAUCUAUUUUUGUGUAG